UUUUGGAAUAGCAAACUACAAAACAGAAAAAUCUGAAGGAAAAAAAGACUGACAACAGCAAAACACUGUAUUGGUUUGGUCUGCUUUUGGCUGUCUUUAGGCUGUCUAAUGUGAAAAUUAAAUUGAGUCUUCGAUACGUGAGUUAGGAACCUAAAGCUUUAGAUCAAACAGUGCUGCAUAUCUGUAUGUUUUAAUAUUUAUUUGUAUUUUCUUGCUAGCCAAUCAUUUUUGAGUCAGCCACCGUUAGCCUACAUGAUGGGUCGACUCAUUCAUAAUUCUUGAACUAGUUAGCGAACAGCUAGCUACCUAGCAAACCCAUAGCUAUCCUUUGAACGGCUGCGUUGCAAAAAGGUAGAAAGCUUUAAAAAAAAAAAGAGUGAUAAAGAAUUGUGGUAUUGCUUGCAGGUUAGGUUGUAAGGUAGCUACGUUGUAAAUGCCUCGCUCAUCAACGUUUGUGUAAUCUAUCUAGGUAGCCUGCUAGCUAGCUGGUUAAUGUUAAAGCUUGCUACAAAUGUGCGUUAUAUUUAUUUAGUGAACCAAAUUGAUGGCUUACUUGUGUUAGCUUGUUACAAACGCUGGAUGUGUUUACAUUAAUUUAAAUUAUGGAGACGAAUUUACAGAAGAGACGUGAGAAUAAAAAAUCCCUGCGAGUGAAAGUUAUCAGUUUGGGUAACGCAGAGGUGGGAAAGAGUUGCAUUAUUAAACGUUAUUGUGAAAAGAGGUUUGUACCGAAGUAUCUGGCAACAAUUGGAAUCGACUAUGGUGUUACAAAAGUUCAAGUGCGGGACCGGGAGAUGAAAGUCAAUAUUUUUGACAUGGCUGGACAUCCAUUCUUUUAUGAGGUACGAAAUGAGUUCUACAAAGACUCUCAGGGGGUGAUCCUGGUGUACGACGUGGGGCUGAAAGAGAGCUUUGAUGCCCUGGACAGUUGGCUGGGGGAGAUGAAGCAGGAGAUGGGUUCACACGCCAACAUGGAGAGCAUCGUCUUUGUCGUGUGUGCCAACAAGGUGGACCUGACGAAGAGGCGAGUGGUGGACGAGAGCGAGGGCCGUCUGUGGGCGGAGAGCCGCGGGUUCCACUACUUUGAGACGUCCGCGCAGAGCGGCGAGGGCAUCAGCGAGAUGUUCCAGGCCUUCUUCUCCUCCAUUACUGACAUGUGCGAGAAUGGGGGGCGGCGGCCGGCUUCGGGGGUCAGCGCUGGCUUCACCAGGGAACAGGCUGACACCAUCCGCAGGAUCCGCAGCAGCAAAGACAGCUGGGAAAUGCUCGGAGUCAAGCCAGGGGCUACCAGGGAGGAAGUCAACAAGGCGUACAGGAAGCUGGCCGUGCUCCUGCACCCAGACAAAUGUGUGGCGCCGGGCAGUGAGGACGCCUUCAAGGCCGUGGUGAACGCGCGCACUUCACUGCUGAAAAAUAUCAAGUAGGGAAUUUCUGCCAGUAUCAAUCCCCCUCUGCCCCCAAGCUGAGAGUUUCAACAUCCAGAAGGAUCUUAUUGACCGAACUGCAGCAGCGAAGAAAGGUGGUGAAAUAACUGUCCUCCUUAUCCUCCAGGGAUUUAAAUUCUAUGAUUCUCAAACUGGGCCCUGGGAGACCAGUGUCAGCUGGUUUUCAUUCCAGUCACAAUUGCAGUCCUCGAAUUUUAGCGAGCUGUUGAUUUUAUUCAACACGCUUUUCAUGUUUUGAAGGAUUAUUUACCCUCUUAAGCCACAGUAUGUGCGAAAUAGCGAUGAAUGCCAUGAAGAAUAAAAUUUCCUUAUUACACGGCUUUGUUUAAUGCUCAAUUAUGAUUGGUCACUUUGGAGCAUUUUACGGUCAAAUAGUUCUGAAUAAUGACCGCUGCUAUGGGUAACACACUGCUUUAAACGUAGAACUCUUUUCAUAUAAAUUUGCAGAAAGUGCCGCAGUGGCCAUUUUUACCAUUGUCACUUUAAGACAAUCAAUAAAUCUGCCGUCAUGAAAUCCUGUCGUGGCUCCCCUUUCAUGACUUUUCCUAAACAUAUGUAUUUGACGUUCUGAUGUAAUUUGAAUACCAAUAUUGCAUAAGUAAAUUAAAAUAGACACAUUUCCUUCCCUAAUCCCUAAAGUUGCACGGGCCAGAAUGGUUUAUUAGCAUUCAUUCAGUGGUGAAUCAUUCAAUCACUUUGGUCACACAAUAUACCAUAUGAGUGUUAAAAGUCAUGGUUCUAUCUAUAAACUAUUUUAUGGUGCCAGUGUUUUAGUGACAAUGGUUCCUUAUUUUGUAAUGUAGGGUGACAAAAAAAAAAAGUUUUUAUGCAUGUUGGAAAUCCACAGACAACAUAAAUCACUGUAGUAUGUGUUUUUAUCCCAACAGGGAUAAAUAAUUUGCAUUAUAGUCCAAAGAAAACUGAAAAGUAUUGAGAGAAUGUCCAUUGUUUACUUAGCAAUUCUCCUUGGGAAAUAUCUUUGUUGUUAGACGAUGUGCGGCGAGCAUUCUGGCACAAAAUAGCUGCUGUGCAUCACCCAGGUGGGUGCUACACAUUGGUGGUGGGUGUGGUGAGUUCCCCCUCAUCACUGUAAAGCACUUUGCAUCUGGAAAGGUGUCAUAAAUAAUGAUUCAUUCGAUUGAGUCCGUUUCACCAUUAUAAACACGCCGGAAAUAUUGUGUACAUAUGAAUGUUAGUAUCUUUGGCUCGGAUAGACUCUCUGAAAGUAGACUCUCUGUCCACCUGCAAGCUUCUGUGAUUUACUGGUCAAGCAGUCCCUCAGUAUAGCUAAUGGGACCCACCGUGCACCAGCAACAACUCGAGCUGGACAGUAUAUGUUCUGCCCAGUACACAGCCAGCCAGUGGCAAGAUAUUAUAGUGACAACUGAAAAGCAUUUUAGCCAAUGAAAUUACCUUUCUAAUGGUGUUGACUGUCAUAGCCUAUAUCUUGGCUGUAUGCUUGAUUUUUUUGAUCUGUCCAUGUAACACUGUUGAAAAAUAACAUGGCUGCCAAUGCCAUAUGCACUUUGUGUUAUUACAGUCAGGCCGAUUACUCUAUAACUUAUGCUAGCUAUACAGUAUAUUCAGUUAGCUAACAUUAGCUACAACCCAAUUAUAUAGUAUAUAUAAGUUGUACAGGUCAUAGAAAAAUUAAACACAAAGUGUCAGCAUUGUUACAAUGACUGACAAUGACCCAGAAAUACAUAGACAGAGAAAAAAAAGUUGUCUUUCAGCUAUAGGUACUAUCGGUUCUGUGUAGCCUACAGCUGUUCCAGUUAGUAUUAUGGCAUCAACGUCAAGAGAGUCCCUUAAAUAAAUUAAUAUGGCCUGGGUGUACACACAACUAAAUUAUUAUUUGCACAAUUGGAGACAUUAAAUGCAAUGUUUCACACUUAGUGUUUCACAUUAAGUACACUAAUGCGGUUCUAGUGUUAACGUGUCUCAUGUCUUACUCCAGUAUCCCGUUAGAACACAGUUUGUUUCAUACUCAUUUCUAUUUAUUUGAACUAAUUAAAUCACUUUAAAUCGUUAUUUUGUGUCAAAUUAUCGAUCGAUUUUGUUCGUAAGGCAAAUAGCCGUGUAAUAAGCGUGGAUAAUCCACUCCAAGGUUAUAUAUAAAAAAAUAAUGGCCUUCAUGGAGGCAACCCCCCCUUUGCUUUGUUUCGGGGUGUCUUCACCUCCAUGUCGAGCAUUAUUUUUCGAUAGCUGACCACCUCGUCGUGGAUUAUCUUGUACAUAUUCACAUUGUAUUGUAUUGCAGACGAUUCCAUAAAGAGAGGUAAAAAAAAAAUUUUACUGAUCAAAUUAAAGAUUAAAGGUGAGUCAAUAGGCUCCUCAUUUGUGAAAGUGUGGACGCUUGGCCAUCCGGACUAACUAUUUGGUAGAUAAUGAAGAAUUCCAAAACAAAACAAAUGAUACCUAGGCAAACCUGAACUGUGUUCAUAUGUUUAAGGUCAAAAUGAUGAGAGAACUGAAAGUUUAAUUUGCCAUGUGUUCACACUGUCGCCAAUUAGGAGCCAAUUGACUCACCUCAAUCUUUAUUUUUAUCAAUUAAAAAAUGUUUACCUCCCUUUUUGUGAUCGUGUGUGAUAUAAUACAAUGUGAACAAUAAGGUAAAUAAUCCCUCAAUUGCAAUUGUGGUUGGAAUGAAAACCAGCAAACACAGGGUAUCCCCAGGACCGAGUGGUUGUAACACUAAAUGUAUGUGGCAUUAAUUUUGCAUGAUUUGCCCAAAGAAGUUGCAUUCAUCAUGGAUUUGUUAUAAAACCAGACUUCGUAUUUUUCAAAAACUGUUUAUUUCUGUUUAUAUUAUUUUUAUAUGCAUUAUAGCCUGUUACAGUGUUCAACCUCAUAAAUCAGGUGUAUUAAACUCUAGUCCUGGCUGUCAACUGAAAUGCACGGAAGCCAAGAGACAGUGUGGCUUUUUAGAAAUUAAGACCCCUGUUCAAAAUGAGUAUGUACAAUAAAUUGACGUAAAAUCCAUUCUCGACAUUGAUGGGUGUAUUUGUUCUGAGUUGGCUUAGAACUUAAGCUGAUUGUUGCGAUGGCUAAAGUCACAUAAUGGAAAUAGUUGAUUGCAGUUGAGUUGCAAUUAAUUAAGCUGAUUACUGAUUGAAGCCAGUACAGGAAUUCGGAAAUUCACAUUCUUAAAAUGGUCUCAACGGACUGGCAAGCUCCCCCACCCCAUGCUGAUGAAUUGAUGUUUUUUUAUGCGUAUUGUGAAUUCUGUGGUUGAAUAGCAUUAAUCUUUUGAAUAUUUCUUUUCUUGAAAUUAUAGUUGAAGUGCUCUGAAGUGCAGUCUUUUCUUUUAUCAGUUUUAUCCAUUUUAGUUAAUUCUAUUGUUACCAUUUAUUUCCCUUUCAUGUAUUUUGAUAGAGCAGACCCUUUAAGCCAAUCAUGAUCAAGAAUUUGAUUUACUGUUGAAAGAUUACAGAGUGAUUGUGAUUGGUUGGACUUCCCCUUGCCUUCCAACAACAUUUAGACGCUGUCCUCAUAUGGGGGGUAUCCAGUCUAUGGGAUAUACCAGGGUAUGCCAGUUUGAGCGCAGGUUUUUGUUCUAGCCCAGCAUUAAGUUUCUGAUUCUACUUAUGAAGGUAUUGAUUGAAGAUUUAUAGUUAAUUAGUUGAAUCAGGUGUCGUAUUGCUGGGCUACACCAACAUUGGCCCUUUUAGGAUAAGAUGGGUCACCCCUUUAGCAAGUCAGUAGUUUCUCCUUGCAGGACUCUAGCUCUUCCCUGUCAGCCUGCUAGGGAAAUAUCCCCUCCCCUCAACCAUAUUCCAGGACAUAAUUGCAAAAUAAACGUGUUGGUCCUUCGGAGUCCGCUGUCAAAAUUUGUUCCAUAGCUAGUCAUUAGAAAAGCUAGCAAAAGUCUUAGCUUGAAAUAAGACUUUUGAAACAAAUUUGUUUAGAUUUUGGUGUUGCUGAAUAUUCAUUUGCCUGAAUUGGACUUCACCUAGGUCUGAUCAGUGUAUUCCACGAAAGCCGUAUAUUUUGUUUUGUAUUUGAUUUUCAUGAAUAGUUCUGAUUAAGCUGGUCUAUAAAGUGGUAUAAGGGAUAGUUUCUUCCCUAAGCAAAACGUUUUUUAAUUAUUGUUAAAAUUAUUGUUAUAGUGUUAAAAAAUUGAAAAUAUGUAUAAAUAUAUACAAUCUGAAAUAUAAAUCUGAAAUAUGUGAAAACAUAUGCUAUAUAUAACAAAUAUGUAUCGCAGUAAAUCAGUUGCCAUUUUCAUAUGUACAUUUGUAUGCGUAUGUUCAAUGCAUUUUACAAUGUAUGUAAUUUUUCAUGAUAAUCAACCGUAUAUUCAUAACUUUAAAGAUUGCAUUUUAUAUGGUUUCUUUUAUGUGCAGUAUAUUUUCACAAAUACAUUCAUGAUAUAUAUUUUUAUUUAUUGAUUCCAUCUGAUAAUACUGAAUGGAAAUUUAUAAAAGGUAUAAUGGUUUGUAUUUGGCAUGUGCUAUGCACUUCAAGUGUGUAUUUGUCUAUGCCUUAGUUUAAUGUAGGGUGUUAAAAAUGUGCAGUAGACUUGGGCAGCGAUGAUGCAUAUUAAUGUAUAGAUUUUCUGUCUUACCUAUUGGGUAAACAAUUCAGUCUGCAUGUACAUUUUGCUUGUCUACUUUAAUAUGUACACAAUAUAAACUAUGAAAUACACCGCUGGAAAUUUAUGUCUACCACCCCAGUUCUUUAAAACGCUAAGUUUUGCCAGUUUUAACUUCUCGGUCAGCUAUUAUAGGAAUUGACUUUUUGUCAUGUUUUGUUUCCUUAGGAAAGACGAAUGCACAUCAGGUUUUGUGACCGUGGUUUUAGUUUUGUGACCGUACUUUACAGAUACAUGACAUUUUUUUUCUGUCAGUUGUACUGUACUGAAUUGCAUUCCUGAACUGCAUUCUUUUUUCUUCCUCAUAAAUUCAGAUCGAAAACCUUUUUGGUGCAAUCUAUAUGGCUGUUUUACAAACCAUUAAAAAGUCAUUUUUUGUGCAAA